AUGCAGGGCCGGCAAAGAUCCGAUCGGCGCGCUCAGCCUCACGCCGCCCGACCGGAAGUCAACGAGGCGGCUCCGCUGCCGCACGAGAGGGCUGUUCCUGGUGCACAACCAUGUCCUGUUUCUGCGGUAUCUGCCGUGCCACAGGCAGCCCCCGUUCCGACUCCGGUUCCGCAUCAGCAAAGCUCAAUCGGCUCUGAGAACAUGCUCGAUGUGGAUGUGACGGUGCUGGCAUUUGCACAAUGGGUCAUGGAGCUGAAGAACAAAAGCUCCAACUCACAGAAAUCACUCCAGAUCGAGCUCAAUACGAUCAAGAAUGCCAUCAACGGUAAUCACAGUGACCUCGCAGACUUCAAGCGCCACGGGGCGGCCAUACAACAGCAGAUGCAAUCAGAAAUCAAUGAGAUUCGCGAGUCGUUAAGCUCUGUCUUCAUGGAGAUCACUGCAGCUGUGCGGAACAACGCUGCUGCAGAUCAGGAUCUGAAAAUGAAGAUACAGAUGUUAAACGAACAGGCUGUUCGGAAUGAGACCGCGUUUGCCCAGCUGGCGGAUGCAGCUGACCAGUCACAGUCCAAGCUUCGAGCAGCGGCGCAGGAGAUGCAGCAGUUUUCUGAGCGCAUGCGGGACGACCUCGCUUCGCUGAACCAGAAGACGGACACUUUGCAGGGCACCGUGCUGGACCGUGCAGACCAACUCAAAAGUGAGACGGAUCAGCUGUCACAGGACCUGCGCACCCAGCUUGAGAAGCGGAAAGUGCAGCUUCAGAAGAUGGUCCAGGACGUCGUAAACAUCGGUGAGUCCUUACAAGGUCUCGUAAACGAUUUCGGUGGUGUGAAGCGAGAGUCCGGAGCUACUCAAACUAGGCUCAACUCCAGCCUGUACUCGCUGGAUGCACGUCGGCAGCAGGGUACCACUGCGCCAGCAGCUUGCCAAGUCGUGUCGUCCAAGUUCCAUGCGAUGCCCAUGGCACAGGAGCACUUGUGCGUGCAAUCCAUGACUGAAGCGCCAUGUGGCAAGCAGCGUGGCAUGGCAGUCCUGUCAAGGCCUUCUGCAAAGCGGACUGGUCAGAGCGCUCAGUCUGUUGCAAAAUCAUCGAGAAGACCCAAGCCCAAGGCUGCGCUGGGUGCUAUCUCUGAAGCUGCAGAAUGGACCGAACAGUCUGCAGCUGGGAGACACGACUUCGAUGAGGAGCUGGAGACAAUGUGGGCAGAGGCAGGUGCAGAAGACGGAGCGACCAACUCCUCCGCAGGAAAGUCGUGCGAUGCUGCCACGGUGGCUUCACGUGCACUCGCAGCAGCAAGUGCUGCACGGAAGGGUGUUCUUGGAGUCAUCUGCAGCACGGGAACCGCGGACGUGUCUGCAGCAGCCAGACGAGGAAUCAUCGAAUCCGGUGGCCGGCUGCAAACAGCAGAGCUAUCCUUUUGCAAGGGAGCCUCUGCUGCGACCGCAGUCGAGCGUGGCGGCUCCGACCCACAGGACGACUCGGAAGAAGAGACGUCGGAGACAUCCGAAGAGGAGGUGGAGAUGCAAGAGGUUUCCAUGCCCAGCCGGCCUGUGAACUCCAAGCCCAAGGUGGCCGCAGAUGUUCUUGAACUAGACAUCGACAUCGGCCCUGAGGACCCAAAUGUGAGAUCGCCGACCACAGCAAGGUGCACAGGUAAAUUGUCCAAGGCAGCGGACGCCGCAAGUGGAGCGAUCAACUCUCCCAUGCGUGGGCGAAUUAUGGUUGGCACCGAUCUUGAAACGAAGGUUCUUCGCAAACGGUGUGAAGAGUCAUGCGAUACAAGCAGCAAGACGAGCGUCCAUGCCGUGGAAACGGCAAAACUGUCAACAUCCAGCUCCAAUAAAGAUACCGAUGGCCAGGCAGAGGACAUGAAGAUUUCCAGCGCGGAGCCUGCAGGUCAAGCGGCAGCUGAUGCUGAAAUUGAGAAGGAAUGGGAAGAGAUUGCCUUCCGCAGCGAUGAGCUUGCCAAAGAGGCCAGGGAAAGCCGUGGCAAGGCCGUGGCCCAGCAGGAUGCCCUGAGGAAGCCGAUCUGCUACAAAGAGGUGCAAUCGUGGCUUCACGAUCUUUCAACUUCCAAAGAGGCUGCUACCACUGCCAUCGCGUCUGAGACUGAGAUUGAAAAGCCCGGGAGACGACCGGAGGAGUUCGUCUUGAGUCUGAAGGCGAUGUCGUUCGACUUCAAUGACAUGCUGCACUAUCGCCUGCUGCACACGAUGUACAGCAAGCUCGCACGCUGUAAGGUCUGUCCAAGAAUCGGCAGCCAUUGGGAGGUCCUGGGGUUUCAAGGCACUGAUCCACACACGGAUCUGAACCGUUCCGGUGGUUUGCUGAAUGUCGUUCACAUGUUCUUCUUCUUUUCGCACUUCUUUGAAAUUUUCAAAGCCGCGUACCUGCUGUCUCAGGACGAUCAGCAGCAUUUUCCACUAGCUGCUGUGUGCAUCAACAUUACCAAGAUGGUGAUGGAUGCACUUGCGGCUGGAAGUUUCUCGAGCAUUCUGGACGAGAUCGACCAGGGGGCAAUCCCGGUUGCCGAGACCACGUGUCUGAUCUUCAGCGGCGGCUUGCAUCACUUCUACAGCAGGUGGCGGACGCAAAAGCGCACUAUAAGGGACAGCGAACAGACCUUCAAGGAGGUCAGGGCGUUAAUGUGCAGCCAGCCAGCAACCUUGCUGGAAGAAUUGCACAAGGGGAGCGAGCAUGCCGCGAUUGGAGCGAUCAAGGCGGAUUCGGCCCAAGUUGAAUUUACCAACUUGGGUUCGGUGGAUCCAAAGGAGGCACAAAAGUGCGCUGCUGGAGAGUCCGGGUCCACCACCAGGUCCCCGAGGACUCAGGCGGAGAUCAGAACGCUUGUCCUUUCCAUCAACACUGGCAACAAGACAGAGCACUGUCCUUGUAUUCAGCUGCCACCUCUAGGAAAACAGCCCAAGAGAUGUGGAACACCCAUAUCUGAAGUGUCCGGCAUUUGCAUGGCUUGCGCAUUGCAGGCCGUGGACGUGCUUGCACUGCUGAUCGCAGCCUGGGCUUGGCGCCAACUCUUUCUGCUCGCUUGUGCUGCUAGCCCUUCAAGCCUGUCUUACCGAUCAGUGCUUUGCGUCAAAGCAGUCCUUGGCAGUAUUGGCAAUAGCGCAGCUGACGGGACAGCAGUCGUUGGAUCGGCCUCUCGCUGGAGGGAUGCUAUCCAGAAGGCACUAAAGGCUGCAGCUGUGCUUCUGCAAAGUCUACAGCGUGGUGAAGGAUUCCAAGAGACGGAUGCCAAGCUUGCAGCUUUUGAGAAUGAGGAUGCAAGCCGAGCGACUUCCAGUUUGACGAAACCUGUGCCAGGCGCGCUGGCGCAGGAGCAAGAGUCAGGGCUCGGACCGCCUGCGCACACCUGUGAAAAUCUGGAUGCUCAAGAGUCUACGCCUGGCAUCUUGACAGACACCAGCGUAGCCUCAGAAGCCGUCGAUGAUGGCCUCUUGACGGAAGAGCUUCCGGUGAGCCCAGCAAGGAGCUCUUCGAGCCCCCGAAAGUGCGACAAGGACGCACAUUCUGAGCAAGACUUGGAGGGUGAAGCAGAUGAUGCAGAUCGGGACCAGUCAUCCGCUCCAGGCUUCCAGAAUGAUUUCGGCGCGAGCGUCCAACAGGAGCACGAGCCUGCUUCGCCCUCUGAAAGAGACAGUCGAGAGGCAGACGUGGUCAAUACGACGGCUGUCCUGGAAGAGAAGUGCCUGGAGACACUCUCAGAAACAGCAAGCUCGGCGGCGACACAAGACCAAUGUCGGCAAGAGCAAAGCUGCACGGUAACAAGUCCUCACACGGCUGAUCCGACUGAGAUCGCAUUGGAAAGCCCGGUGGCGGAUGCGGCUGUAGAGCAGAGCUUCGAAAGCCCCAUCAUCGCAGAAUACACACGAGAGAACUCGCAGAGCGACCGCCCUGAGCUUGAGCAAACAGAAGGGGCGGACGAGUCCAAGGGCAAGUCCGCAGAGGCUACCUCCGCAGAGGCCUCUUGGCGACCAAGUUUGCGAGCAGUCGUUAGUCGCAAGGCGGAACAGGCAACGGCAGACGACUUCGAAGCCACGGAGGUCGAAGGCGACAGCCACUCGCUGUCGGAGCACGCUCAGGCGCGGAUUUGGUGCCGUCGUGAUCGCGGCUUGGAUGGAAACACUUCGGAUUCGAUGCAGAGCAGUUCCAGCCGUGGCAAGCCUCGAAGAGCUUUCUACAAAGCACGACAAGUGCAAGAAGCUUGA